CUCUACUCAACUCACCCCUUAGAAGAAUACAUGGAGCUCGUUAGCAGGGACUGCUUGGUGGAUGGCACCUGAAGUGGUGACAGGUCAACCAUAUGGCCCCAAAGUGGACAUAUGGUCUUUUGGAAUUGUGGGAAUUGAAAUGGUGGAACAAGAACCUCCUUACUGGAACCAGAGUCCUGCCUCGGCUAAAUUCAUGAUAGCCUCAAUAGGGACCCCACAGCUGCUGCAUCCCAAGCUCCUCUCGGCUUGGCUGCGUGACUUCCUGAGCUGCUGCCUGCAGACAGACGAGGAGCGGCGCUGGUCUGCCAAGGAGCUCCUGCAGCAUCCAUUUGUAAUAUCAGCCAAGCCAGCCUCCAUCCUGGCACCACUCAUCAUUUCAGUGCAGAAUAAGAAGAAGAAGUAGGAGACAAGAAUUUUACAAUCACGUCAAGAUGUUAUCUUCAUAAGCAAUUUAGAGUAGAACUGUAGAGUAGGAUUGUAGAGUAGGAUUGUUGAAGAGUUUUGUAGAGUUGAAUUAUAGAUCAGGAUUGGAAUGAAAUAAAAUUUCCGAAUCAUCAA